UCGGCGCGACUUCCCUAGUCCGGGCCCGCUUAUUGCCCUCCUUUCGCACAGCUGUGGGGCUCGGGGAGUCCGAGGUGCGAGUGGCGGGAGUAAGAAGAGGGAGUGCGGAGUCUGGUUUUGGAGCGGCAGGAGCCGGUGGGGCAUCGGCGUGGAGGGCUGGAGGUGGCGGGGCCGGGCGAGGCCGCGAUGAAGCCAAGCGGCGAAGAUGAGGCGGCGCCCGCCGGGGGCCCCUGGGAAGAUUGCUUUGAAUUGGCUGUGCAGCUGGCGCUGCGGGCGGGACAGAUCAUCAGAAAAGCCCUUUCUGAGGAAAAGCAGGUCUCAACAAAAACAUCAGCUGCAGAUCUUGUGACAGAAACAGAUCACCUUGUGGAAGAUUUAAUUAUUUCUGAGCUGCAGAAGAGGUUUCCUUCACACAGGUUCAUUGCAGAAGAGGCUGCGGCUGCAGGGGCCAAGUGCGUGCUCACCCCCAGCCCCACCUGGAUUGUUGACCCCAUUGAUGGCACCUGCAACUUUGUGCACAGAUUUCCAACUGUGGCAGUAAGCAUUGGAUUUGCUGUGAACCAAGAGCUUGAAUUUGGAGUGAUUUACCACUGCACAGAGGAGCGACUGUACACCGGCCGGCGGGGCCGGGGCGCCUUCUGCAAUGGCCAGCGGCUGCAGGUCUCCGGGGAGACAGAUCUUUCAAAGGCCUUGGUUCUAACAGAAAUCGGUCCCAAACGUGACCCUGCUACUCUGAAAUUGUUCCUGAGCAACAUGGAGAGGUUACUCCACGCCAAAGCUCAUGGGGUCCGAGUGAUUGGGAGCUCCACCUUGGCACUCUGCCACCUGGCCUCAGGGGCUGCAGAUGCCUAUUACCAGUUUGGCCUGCACUGCUGGGACCUGGCCGCUGCUACCGUCAUCAUCAGAGAAGCAGGUGGCAUCGUGAUGGACACCUCAGGAGGACCUCUUGACCUCAUGUCUUGCAGAGUGGUUGCUGCGGGCACCCGAGAAAUGGCUAUGCUCAUAGCUCAGGCCUUACAAACAAUUAACUAUGGACGGGACGAUGAGAAGUGAAAAGGAGCAGAGGACAGAGAAAUGCGACCCAAGGACUGGUUCUUCCUGGGAAUGCUGAGGCGAGCAGCCAGUCCCUGGGGAGGAAGCUGCCUUGAGCAGCCUGUGCUCGCAUCAAGUCCCUGCAUUCCUAACCACCCCAAGGGGAGGUGUUUUGCUACCGUGUGUGGCUCUGGUUAAAUCCACAUCUUUCACCAGGAUUUGGUGUUUAGUUGAUUUCUUUUUUUGAUCUCGUAUAAGCGUUUCCAGGUUAGUACAGGUUCUUCCAUCAGGGCCAAAACCCAAAUCUCAUGACGUGCAUAUUGAUAAUUCAGUCUCGAUUUUCUUUUUCCAGAAUACAAAUCUCAGGUAAUGAGGCUUUAGAACUGCUGAUAAAAUGGACUUGUUCUCAGGCCCUCCCCAGGUAUUUCAGAAUGCAAUAAAUAAAUAUAAUGGCGCUAUACUUAUCUGCUUCCCUUCAUAAGUGUGUCACCUGUUUCCCCAAGCAAUGUACAAUAUCCACAGCUGUAGAUGCAUUUAAGACUCUAAUGAUGACUAUUAGGAGGAUAAUACUAAGUGUCAGAGGUAUUCUCCUUAGCCAGGUUCUCCAUGAACCAAACCAGCUGGUAUCAAAUCAAAGAAUGAACCUGAUGAGGUAUCAACCUGUUUUAGCCAAGUAGCUUGUUUGUUAAUAUCUUAUAUUUCAGUUUCUAUAGUACCAGGGGUGUUGAUCCAGGUACACUCCUCCUUGUUUAGCCAACAAGUAUUCUAAUGCAAUUUUGUUCUCUAAAACAACUUAGCAACAGAGCCUGGGGACUUCCGUUGUGUAGCU